AUGGAUUAAAAUCCCCAAGAAAAAGCUAAGAUAAGAGCAAAGUAAGUAGAUGUAAAAACCGUUUAUGAAGGAAAGUGGAUUAAGAUGAAUUUAGUAGACUUCUAAAAUGAAAAAGGCCAUAUAUGCAAGGCUUGGGAGAUGGUCGAAAGAUAAGGUGUACGUCCAGAUUAAGAGUGUAAUGGUGUAGAUGUUUGUCCUAUUAUUAAGUAUAAAGAUGGAAGAAGAAAGCUUCUUUUAAUAGCUAACUAUAGACCACCAGUAAAUGCAUAUACAGUUGAAUUUCCUGCAGGAUUAUUAGACGAUGGAGACUUGUUAGAGAAUGCUAGAAGAGAGUUGAAAGAAGAAACUGGAUACACUGCAGAUGAAAUAAAGGUUCUCGAUUACUGUCCUCUACUAAGAACUGAUCCAUGGAAAAGCAACGAAACUACAAAAGUUGUAAUUGCUUACAUAGAUGGAGACAAAGAAUGCAAUAUAAAUCCCAAGUAAGACUUAGAAACAGAAGAAAAUAUAGAUAUUUUCACAGUUGAUUUGAAUGAAAAAUUUAUGGAAAAUUUAAGAAAAAUAGUGGAAGAGAAUAAUUAUUAAAUGACAUUAUAAAUGUACUCUCUCUGUCUAGGUUUCAGCUUAUUGGGAUUGAGUCAAUGA